AACACGGAAGUAAAAUUGGAGGAAGGUUUGUUUUGAAUUUGCAAAAUGCUCGCUCCUUACGUGGAUUUUAGACGCAGUUAACGGAAUACCUAAGUCUCAGUCCACUGAAAAUGUCUAAAUUACAGUCUUUGAGUGUGUUUGUUAAUACGCGUUUAACAGUGGCUACCGUAGAGAUUAUGGGGGCAGUAGAGAAAGUGGUAGCGGAGUACCAGGAGGAGAUUUUCCGAUCUAAAGUGGAGAAUGACCGGCUGCGCAGACUGCUGCGGAUCAGACCGGAGAUGAAACGAUGUAGAUUAGACUCCCUCCAGUUCUCGCUUACCGUCUCUGAGGAGGAGGUUAACCCUGUGCAGCAGCAAUGUGACCAGGAGGAAUGGAACUCCAGUCUGGGGACGGAUGACCCCGAGCCCAUGCAGAUUAAAGAGGAAAAUGCGGAAGUCGGGACCACUCAGGUGGCAGGGCAGCUUCAAGGGCUGGAGCCUGACAUUGUAGAGUUCAUGUUCACUCCUUCCUGUGUGAAAAGUGAUUGUGAUCAGGAUGACCUACUUCAGUCCUUGACUCUUUCCCAAACCACGACUGUGGAGAACAGAGAGAGUGACUCUAAAAAAUUGGAUCUCAAACCUUUUGGCACAGUGACCCACCUCGACAAUCCUUAUGACCCUCGAGAUAAUCAAGACAAUGUCUCCAGCCACAGCUCAGCUGCAAGCAGUGAUCUAGUAGGAUUUGACAUAAGCCCACCAUUGGAUCCCAACCCACCAUUGAGGAAACCCAGCACCACAUCUAAAACACAUGACUGCGGGAAAAUAUUAAAUUGCAAGGGGACCCUGAACAGGCAUAUGCAGACCUCCACAGGAGAAAAAUCAUUUAGCUGUAAUAACUGCAGGAAAAGCUUCAGUCGCAAGGAUACCCUUAACAUGCAUAUACGGACUCACACAGGAGAGAAACCAUUUGUCUGUGGUGAUUGCGGGAAAAGCUUCAGACAGAAGGCUACCCUUAACAGGCAUAUACGGACUCACACAGGAGAAAAACCAUUUAGCUGUGGUGCCUGCGGGAAAAGCUUCAACCAUAAGGGAAACCUAACUGUUCAUUUACUGACUCACACAGGAGAGACACCUUUUACCUGUGGGGACUGCGGGAAAAGCUUCAGACAGAAAUAUAGCCUUAAAAAGCAUACAUCGACUCACAUAAGAGAGACAUUUAACUGUGCUCACUGCGGGAUAAGCUUCAGACACAAAGUGAACCUGGAUAGUCAUAUACUUGCUGUCCACAAAUAAACAAAACAGAAUGAAAACAAAAAUAAGAAAAUGUAACAAAGAUCUGGCAGGAGUUGGUAAUACAAAUGCAGGAUAUAGACAUCACUGUUAGGAAAGCAAAUAAAUUCUAGAUCACUCAUGUUGUAGGUUUAAGGUAUUUACUUUUGUAAAAUGUUAUAUGUAAAUAAAAAAACGAUAUUAUGAUCAAACAGUUAAAAGGGGCAAUGGAAACACUUUAGGAAGUAAAUCUAAGCAAAGAUAUGUAAUCAAUCAACUAAUAUCUUGCAAUACUUUAACAUAAAAACAUCUCUGUAUUUAGUAUUUUGAUCUUCGAGGUUAAUUUGAGCUAUGGUCCGGGCCAUUUUUAAUUGCCAUAGUAACGAUUGACGCCAGUGCGUCACUGGCAGGAAUCAGUACAUUUUCUGGUAUUGAAUUUUCGUGCGGAGAGUGAAUCAAAGAGUACAAGGACAUGAUGACAACAACAAUUAGUAAUUCAGACAUGAACUGUAUAGCGCCAGGCUGUACGAAUUGGCUCCAAUGAAAAAAUAUAUAUAUCGGGUAGGUACCAUCGGCUGUCCAAGGACCUUUUGAACACGUGGCUCCAUAUCCUAAAGAAAGGAAGGACGUGCCAGCUCGAGCUAGCAAGGUCUGCAGGCAGCACUUCGCCGAGAAGGACUUUUCUACGAAGGGCACGUUCGAUGCGGCAACCGGGAGUUUCACAAUGUAAAGGAGUCCUAAACCUACGUUGAUGCCCUCUACUUGCCCCUCCAGCUUCAAUUUCGAGGGUUAUGGUGUACAGUAGGGGUUACCGACCGACCAUCGUCAACAUCGCUGACUUCGGAGUCAAGCCAAACGUCGGACGUGAGUCAAUGGAGCCUGGUAACGUUAACCGACCACUAGUCAUGAUUGUUGUUGACUAGGCUACGGUUAGACCCUGGAUAACUUUGUUGUUACUCUGAGUGGCGCAACUGAAGUUGACGUAGCUAAUGUUCGCUGAAAAAUACAUUUUCCUGUAUUUGCUUUGCUGUGUGUGUGUUGACAGCAUACAUGACUGGUAGCUUGUUAACGCCAACUGAUAUAUUUGGGUUCAGUUGUCUUAAUCUUAAAACAUUUGUUUCAGGAUGAUAUUGUCAUCCAUGAAAAGGUUUUCAUCCUGGAGAUUGUGCAAGAGGAGGUACAUGCAAAUCCAAGUUAUUUCUAAGGCUAUUGUUUGUUUAUUUCUAGACACAAUCUGUCAUCUCUGAUGCCAUUUUCAAUAUAUAACAUUGACAAUAUACAGUAUAUGCAGUGACUCUUGAAAAUAACUAAAGCUUAAGAUGCCUUAAUAUUUUUACACCAACAGAAAAGAACAGUUAGUACAGCAUGCCAAACAAACCCCUGGUUGCCAGAUUGUUCCUGUGCUGCGGUGGAAAAGAGCUCCACCGGGACCAUAACUUAAGAACUCGAGGCCCAGCUAGACUGCUCUCACCACCAUCUGUAUACAACCGAGUCCUGCCCCUGUUGGCCACAGAGCUGACAGAGAGUGAGAUGAGUGAAGACCAGGAGUUGAUGUAUGAACCUGAGAGCUCAGACACACAAUCAUCACAGUGCGAACCAAGAGAUACAAUCGAAGAGUGUGUGCAAGAUCAGAAAUACAUAGUCUUUGAUAGCAAGCUGAAGGAGUUGUUCAAUGUCUGCCGUGAGCCAGGAUGUCGAGCUGGUGUCAUCAGUUCAUCCCUGAAAAUAAAUGGUUUUGCCAUCACCAUGGAGACAGUGUUGUGGGCCACAGGAGGAAGUGGGAGUCCCAGACCAGAGUGGGGAAAGUUGUUUGCAGGUAGUGCCAUCGGCAGUCUGUCUUCCUUACUGGUGGCUCUCACUCCACAUUUGUGGAAACAUGUCACCUCCUCAGCCUAGUGCCCAUGUCGCUGCGUCAGUUUGCAAACCAACAGCGCAUCUACAUUGUGCGAGAGGUUAACCACAUGUGGACCCACCACACGUAGGCCAUUCUGGCUACAAUUGGUGACAGUCCACUGAUCGUAUCUGGAGACACAUGGUGUGAUUUCUCCAGGCCACUCUGCUUCCCACCUGAUCCUCCCCCAUGAGGCUGUGCAUGUUACCAAGGUGAAGAAUAUUUACUGUUUGGAGACGGAGGGAUUAGAGAGAUGCCUGCAACACAUUGAGGCCCAUGGAUGCAGUAUUGAAACCUUGGCCACUGACAGGCAUCCAAGUGUGAGGGUGCACUUGAGGGGCUCAUAUCUGGCAUGAGUAUGACCUCUGGCACAUUGCCAAAGGUAUAAGGACACAGCUGGUGGCCAUCCGGAAGCCAGAGGUACUGCCAUGGGUGAGGGCAUUAACUCACCACUUGUGGUCACCACUUGUGGUACUGUGUCACCACUGCUGGUUGAAGUGUCCAGGUGCUAAAAAAGUGGAUCACCUCAUCACCAAUGAACACCAGUGGGUCACUGGAGGCACACUCUCCCCCCCCUCCCCACCUGAAGAAGGAACAGGAUGAACACAUUGUCAGCAGCUUUUGAGGCAGUGAGGAAAAAAGUCCUCAAAUCAAAUGUUAUUGGUCACAUACACAUAUUUAACAGAUGUUAUUGGUCAUAUACACAUAUUUAACAGAUGUUAUUGGUCAUAUACACAUAUUUAACAGAUG